GAAGGCGCUCGAGCUCACUCCUCACCCAGCCUUAUCCCUCCUUACUCCUGCACACACACACACACACCUGUCCUUAACUGCACGAACAAAUCAUAGAAGUUAUCGUACAGCACAAGAUUUUUUUCUUUUGCCUAAAGCAUUUCUGACAGACGUGCAAGUGUGGAGGAAUAACACGUCGGAUUUAUCUACAAAGCCGAAACGGAGGAGAGAUACAGAGAGAGACAUGGCAACGACAACCUGUACACGCUUUACCGACGAAUACCAGCUUUAUGAAGAACUCGGAAAGGGAGCUUUUUCAGUCGUGCGACGCUGCGUCAAGCUGUGCACAGGCCAAGAAUACGCUGCCAAAAUAAUCAACACCAAAAAGCUCUCAGCCAGGGAUCACCAGAAGCUUGAACGUGAGGCUCGCAUUUGCCGUCUCCUCAAGCACCCUAACAUUGUCCGACUCCAUGACAGUAUAUCAGAAGAAGGCUUCCACUACCUCCUGUUUGACUUGGUCACUGGUGGCGAGUUGUUUGAAGACAUCGUAGCACGAGAAUAUUACAGCGAAGCCGAUGCCAGUCACUGUAUCCAUCAGAUUCUAGACAGUGUCAAUCACAUUCACCAACAUGACAUAGUGCACAGGGACCUAAAGCCAGAGAACCUGCUCCUGGCCAGCAAAUGCAAGAACGCUGCGGUGAAGUUAGCCGAUUUUGGUCUGGCCAUUGAAGUGCAAGGGGACCAGCAGGCCUGGUUUGGAUUCGCAGGUACACCAGGUUACCUGUCUCCUGAGGUGCUAAGGAAAGAGGCUUAUGGGAAACCUGUAGACAUUUGGGCUUGUGGUGUUAUCUUGUACAUUCUGCUCGUGGGCUACCCUCCAUUCUGGGAUGAGGACCAGCACAAACUCUACCAGCAGAUCAAAGCCGGAGCCUAUGAUUUUCCUUCACCAGAGUGGGACACAGUCACCCCUGAAGCCAAGAACCUUAUUAACCAGAUGCUCACCAUCAACCCAGCCAAGAGGAUCACUGCACAGGAAGCUCUUAAACACCCAUGGGUCUGCCAACGCUCCACUGUGGCCUCCAUGAUGCACAGACAAGAGACAGUAGAAUGCCUGAAGAAGUUCAACGCCAGGAGAAAACUCAAGGGAGCCAUUCUCACCACCAUGCUGGUUUCACGCAACUUCUCCGUGGGCCGGCAGACCACAGCUCCGGCCGCGGUCUCGGCGGUGGCUGCAGCCGCGGCAGCCGGCACUGCCGCCGGCCUGGUGGAACAAGCAGCCAAGAGCCUGCUCAACAAGAAGGCUGAUGUCAAGCCACAGUCAAACAGCACGAAAAACAGCAUAGUCACCAGUCCCAAAGGGAACGUCCCCUCUCCUGCUCUGGAGCCUCAGACCACUGUUAUCCAUAACCCAGUGGAUGGGAUCAAGGAGUCCUCAGACAGCAGCAACACCACGAUCGAGGACGAGGAUGUGAAAGCACGCAAACAGGAGAUCAUUAAGAUCACGGAGCAGCUAAUUGAGGCUGUGAACAACGGGGACUUCGAGGCCUACGCGAAGAUCUGUGAUCCUGGACUGACUUCCUUUGAACCUGAGGCCUUGGGAAACCUAGUGGAAGGCAUGGACUUCCAUCGAUUCUACUUUGAGAACUUGCUGUCUAAGAACAGCAAGCCCAUCCACACCACCAUCCUGAACCCUCACGUGCACCUGAUCGGCGAGGACGCCGCCUGCAUCGCCUACAUUCGCCUUACUCAGUUUGUGGAUGGCCAGGGCCGGCCGCGCAGCAGCCAGUCAGAGGAGACUCGCGUGUGGCAUCGCCGCGACUCCAAAUGGCAGAAUGUGCACUUCCACUGCUCGGGCGCGCCUGCCGCACCACUCCAGUGAAGCUCUUUGAUGCUCGGGUGUAUGUCGUAGAGUGGGACGUGUUUUGACGCUUGGUGAGAAGAAGGAGAGGGAGGAGGAUCAGCGGGGACAGCCGGAAGAAUCCAGCAUUGGAGAGCUCAGGAGCUUUCAGCCUUCCAGUACUGGUCACAGCUGUCCACACCUGCAUGCAAAACCUGUACCUGUGUCUCCACCUACUGGACUGCUCUUCCUCGAUUACAUGCUGUCACACUUCCUCUCCUCCCCAAACCUCUGCAAAACAUAACCCAACACUGGCACCAAUGCACAAACACACACAUACACACACCCCACCACUGCUCACUUACACUUGCUAAUUGAUAUGUACAUCAGUCUAGGAGAAUGAGCACAGACUCCAGGUUCAGUGUUCUUCACCUGUGCAAUGCCUUUUUACCCCAUGAAUCCCCUCCUGCCUCACCUCACUCUCGUCUCCAUUGGCCUUAUGACCUGUGUGCCCGGGCACUCCUCACUAUAAUAGCUCACGUGUUAAUGAAGUACUAUAUCAGCAUUAAUAUGAUUGUUGUAAUGGCUACUACCUUUUAUUAUUACUACUUCUUUAAUUUUAAGUAUCGAUGUUGUUCAAUUGUUUAUUUAGUAAAAAAAAAAUGGUAUAAAUAGUCAAAUUAUUGGUGUAAAUCGAUUCGAACGGUUAUCCUGGAUGCAAGGAUUCAUUGUUUUAUCUAGUGAGGGUUUUAUUUGUUGGUUUACUUCGGCAGCAUGGCGCAGGUGCAAACAAUCGACUUCUCAUUACCGUACACAUAAGACAAAAGGACGAAACCAUUCACACUGCAUCCGUCUCAUGUUCAUGUGUAUGUCUUACUAUAUAUGUGUGUAUCAGGUCUGCUGAAAGCUGUUUUUAUGAAGUCCCACUGUUAAAAAAAAAAAAAAAGCAAACAGUUUACAAAAAAAACAAGGUCACGAUUUGGCAACUCACUGUUAAAGUAAUCGUUUAUAAGUGAAGGAAGAAGAUGAUGAGUUGCUGUAAAACAGUAAGGGACAAUCCUAGAGGAAGAUUUUAUAGAGAUACAGUUAUUAAGGCACAUUAUGGAUUUAGAUAACCAGGUUAACAUUUAAGAUAAAGAGAGUAUAUGAAAUAUUUAUAGAAAUCUAAUCCUUCAACAUUUACUAUUAUUCGUUUAUAUACACAGGGUAUGAUCAUUGUGCAUUUUUUAUAUUUAUUUGAGCAGUAGGGUUUUUUCGCAUCCGUCUAUUUUUUUUUCUUUAAGUGUGUUAUAGGGCCAUAUUCCAUGGAUUUCUCAAAGAUAUGGGAAAGAACAGUCUUCUUUUGACCUCUUGAAUGUGAACCUAGUUUGAUAAAAAUAAAAUAGGAAGCUUAAGCGCUUUCCCUAAACAGUGCUGUGCAAAAGUCCUAACCCCUUCUUCAUAUUUCGCUAUACUAAAACUAUAAACUAUAGUUUUAAGGAAUAAUUCUCCUUGCUUUCUGAAGGACUUUUUUGGCUCUCAUUUUCACUCCAGUCUUUGUACUGAGCAGUUUCAGAGGAAUGAUUUAUGUUUGUUAAGCCACCUAUUAAUCUAAAUGAAAGAAAAAUGACAGAUGAUUAGGUUGCCGAUUAGUAUACUGGUGAUGAUGAAUUCUGUGUGCUUGGAACAGACGAGAGGGGAAAUGAGGUUGCUGCUGAGGUUGUUACAUAAACAACCCGUUUUUAGAUUGUAUUUAAACUUUAGACACUUUUGCAGCCUGUCACAGUAAAACGUUUUUUUUUUAUCUAAUCUCCAUCAUUUAAUUAAUGAUUAUUAUUUUUCAAGACUUUUGCACAGUGCUGUAUAUAUGAGCCACAGUAUGCAGAGCGAAGAAUCACUGUUUGUUUUCCCCCAGAUUAUGAAAAAAAAAAAACAGGAAAAAGCCACUGCAUGGGAAUCAGGGAUAA